AACAGACCUCUAUAGUCUUUGCGCGAAAAACCGAAACCCCGGCUCGUUUGACAACGUUAGCUUAACCUCUAACCGGAAUGUUAAUGACGACUGGUUGAUGGCACGCUAGAUACGCUAUAAUUAAAAAAAAAAGUUAAUGACUUGUAACACAUAGUGAUAAUUUAUCAUGUAUUCUAUAUGCAAAAAUACUCAUCCCGCGACAGGAGUCGAACAUGCAAUCACAUGCUAUUUUUUCAACCGUACCGAAAAAUGCCUUGUCGUCGCUGGCGCAAAUAUUAUUCGAGUAUUUCGUUUGAUUCCAGAUGUCGACAUGACGAGAAAGGAAAAAUAUACAGAAAUACGUCCUCCUAAAAUGAAGUUAGAAUGCUUAGCACAAUAUACUUUGCAUGGAAAUGUCAUGUCAAUGCAGGCUGUUCAUCUUAUUGGAUCACAGAGAGAUUCUCUUCUAUUGAGCUUUCGCGAUGCAAAAUUAUCUGUUGUGGAAUAUGAUCAGGAUGUUCAUGAUUUAAGAACUGUGUCAUUACAUUAUUUCGAAGAAGAGGAAAUAAGGGAUGGAUGGACUAAUCAUCAUCAUAUACCAAUUGUAAGAGUGGAUCCAGAGGGAAGAUGUGCAGUAAUGUUAAUAUAUGGCAGAAAACUAGUUGUACUACCUUUUCGUAAGGAUCCUAGUCUUGACGACGGUGACCUGCUUGAUACUGUAAAAUUAACAUCUUCCAGCAAGACUCCUAUUUUAUCUUCAUACAUGAUAAUAUUAAAGACACUGGAAGAAAAAAUGGAUAAUGUGAUAGACUUACAGUUUUUGCAUGGAUAUUAUGAACCUACAUUGUUAAUUUUGUAUGAACCAGUAAGAACAUUUUCAGGACGCAUUGCAGUGAGACAAGAUACUUGUGCUAUGGUUGCUAUAUCUUUGAACAUUCAGCAAAGGGUUCAUCCUAUCAUUUGGUCUGUCUCUAAUUUACCGUUUGAUUGUUAUCAAGCUGUAUCUGUAAAGAAACCGUUGGGUGGCACAUUAAUAAUGGCAGUUAACUCGCUUAUUUAUCUGAAUCAAAGUAUACCGCCUUAUGGAGUAUCACUUAAUAGUUUAGCAGACACAAGCACAAAUUUUCCAUUAAAACCGCAAGAGGGAGUAAAAAUGAGUUUAGAAGGAGCGCAAGUCGCAUUUAUAUCUGUGGAUCGUUUAGUUAUCUCUUUGAAAAGUGGAGAAUUGUACGUUUUAUCUCUCUUUGCCGACAGUAUGCGAUCUGUACGUGGAUUUCACUUUGACAAGGCUGCUGCUAGUGUAUUAACUUCAUGUGUGUGUAUGUGUGAAGAUAAUUAUCUUUUCCUCGGCUCUCGACUUGGUAAUUCAUUACUAUUACGGUUCACGGAAAAAGAACCUGAAACUUUGAAAAAUUUGACUGACGAUGGAAUUACUAUUGAAGAAAAUGAGAGUGAAGAGACUCCGGCCAAGAAAGUGAAGCAAGAUUUUCUUGGUGACUGGAUGGCGUCAGAUGUAUUAGAUAUUAAAGAUCCAGAAGAGUUGGAAGUUUACGGCAGUGAAACUCAUACGUCCAUUCAAAUCACUUCAUAUAUUUUUGAGGUAUGCGACAGUCUUUUGAACAUUGGACCGUGUGGAAAUAUUUCUAUGGGAGAACCAGCCUUUUUGUCGGAAGAAUUUCUUCACAAUCAAGAUCCCGAUGUAGAACUCGUGACGACAUCCGGAUAUGGUAAAAAUGGUGCACUUUGUGUGUUACAACGCUCUAUACGUCCUCAGGUUGUGACGACUUUUGAAUUGCCCGGCUAUGUAGACAUGUGGACUGUCAUAGGCACGUUAAACAGCGACGAACAAAUUAAAACAGAAGCGGAAGGAUCUCAUGCUUUCCUAAUAUUGAGUCAAGAAGAUUCAACGAUGAUUCUGCAAACUGGUCAGGAAAUUAAUGAAGUAGACCAGAGUGGAUUCAGCACACAAGGAAGUACAGUAUUUGCUGGUAAUCUGGGCGCCAAUAGGUAUAUAGUACAAGUCACUCAAAUGGGAGUACGUCUUUUGCAAGGCAUUGAACAAGUCCAACAUAUGCCUAUAGAUCUUGGCUGUCCGAUUGUACACGCGAGUUGUGCCGAUCCAUAUGUAGCAUUACUCUCAGAAGAUGGACAAGUGAUGCUAUUAACACUUAGAGAGAUAAGAGGCACGGCAAGAUUGCAUGCCCAGACUGCCAAUUUAUUAUUCCGUCCACAGAUAGAAGCGUUAUGCGCUUACAGAGAUGUUAGUGGAAUCUUUACGACGCAAUUACCUGAAAAUACGGACGACGAACAAGCUGAAGAGGAGCACAAUAUCGAAGAACCAUCUAUACUCGGCAAUAUCGAUAACGAAGAUGAUUUAUUGUACGGCGAUGCUCCAGCAUUCCAAAUGCCUGUGCCAUCGCAUUCGAAAACGUCGGAUGUAACUAUUAAGAAAGCGCCUUGGUGGCAGAGACAUUUGCAAGAAAUUAAAUCGACAUACUGGCUACUCGUGUACAGGGAUAGCGGGACAUUAGAAAUUUACUCGUUGCCUGAUUUACGAUUGUCUUAUCUUAUUCGUAAUUUCGGUUUUGGCCAAUACGUGCUGCAUGACAGCAUGGAAUCUACAACUCUGCAAUCCGCACCAGUCAAUGAGAUCCCCAACCCUGAACUGCAGGUUCGUGAGAUUCUGAUGGUCGCUUUAGGACACCAUGGAAGCCGGCCGAUGCUUUUGGUACGUCUCGAUUCAGAGUUGCAAAUUUAUCAAGCUUACAGGUAUCCAAAGGGUCAUCUAAAACUAAGAUUUAAAAAAUUGGAUCAUGGAAUAAUCCCCGGACAUUUAAGUCCAAAACCUAAGGAAGAAGAUGUAUCGACAAACACCAGCAGUACACACAUCUGUGUAAUGCGUUACUUUAGCAACAUUGCUGGAUACAAUGGAGUAUUUAUCUGCAGCGAUUAUCCGCAUUGGAUAUUUUUGACUGGACGCGGUGAAUUACGCAUACAUCCAAUGGGCAUCGAUGGCUCCGUUACAUCUUUUGCAGCUUUCAAUAAUAUUAAUUGUCCACAAGGUUUCUUGUAUUUUAAUAGAAAGGAAGAAAAGUGUGGAGAAAAAGAAGUAGAAAUUGAAGAAUUAAGGAUAUGCGUUUUACCAACUCACCUAUCAUACGAUGCUCCUUGGCCAGUUAGAAAAGUCCCCUUGAGAUGUACUCCGCAUUUUGUCACAUACCACCUCGAAAGCAAGACUUACUGUGUCAUAACGAGCAUAGCCGAACCUUUGAAGAGUUAUUACAGAUUUAACGGCGAAGAUAAGGAAUUUACGGAAGAAGAACGUCCAGAAAGAUUUCUUUAUCCGUCUCAAGAACAAUUUUCUAUUGUAUUAUUUUCUCCGGUCUCAUGGGAAACUAUUCCAAAUACAAAAAUCGAGCUGGAUCAAUGGGAACACGUAACAUGUUUGAAAAACGUGUCUCUCGCUUACGAAGGAACACGAUCCGGCUUAAAGGGUUACAUAGUAUUAGGCACAAACUAUAAUUACGGCGAAGAUAUCACAAGCAGAGGACGAAUACUUAUAUUCGACAUAAUCGAAGUGGUACCUGAACCUGGCCAGCCAUUAACAAAAAAUAGAUUUAAACAGAUUUAUGCGAAAGAACAAAAGGGACCCAUAACUGCUAUAACACAAGUAUCAGGAUUCUUAGUUUCAGCUGUUGGUCAAAAAAUUUAUAUUUGGCAAUUGAAAGAUAAUGAUCUUGUUGGAGUUGCUUUUAUUGAUACUCAAAUCUACAUUCAUCAAAUGCUAAGUAUCAAAAGUCUUAUUUUGAUAGCUGACGUUUACAAAUCAAUCAGUUUGCUAAGAUUUCAAGAAGAAUAUAGAACACUCUCUCUUGUUAGCAGAGAUUUUAGACCUGCGGAAGUGUACACAAUAGAAUAUUUAAUUGACAAUACAAAUUUAGGGUUUGUUGUGGCUGACGGAGAGAGCAAUUUAGCUUUAUUUAUGUAUCAACCAGAGUCCAGAGAAAGCUUGGGCGGUCAGAAAUUAAUUAGAAAGGCUGAUUUUCACCUGGGACAAAAGGUGAACACUUUUUUUCGCAUUAGGUGUAGAGUUAGCGAUCCUGCGAAUAAUAAGAAACAGUUUCCCGGCGCCGACAAAAGACACGUUACCAUGUACGCAUCGUUGGACGGCAGUCUUGGUUACAUUUUACCAGUACCAGAGAAAACAUAUCGGAGAUUACUUAUGUUACAAAACGUCUUAGUAACACACAUUUGUCAUGUGGCGGGAUUAAAUCCAAAAGCGUAUCGCACAUACAAGAGUUACGUACGGAAUCAAGGUAAUCCAGCAAGAGGUAUCAUCGACGGUGAUUUGGUUUGGCGUUAUCUUUUCUUACCCAAUAAUGAGAAAGCAGACGUAGCUAAAAAAAUUGGAACACGCGUUCAAGAGAUUAUUGAAGACAUUACAGAAAUCGAUCGACAAACUGCGCAUUUUUAAUUAUAGCUAUAUCAUAUUUAAAUAAAGCUUUUAUUAUUUUUGUACCACCUAAAAAUAGCGCAAGAGAGAUAAACUCUCUAUGCUCUAUUUUUAUA